AUGAAUCUAGAACAGAAGAAAAUAGUUGUAUGCGGAUCAUUUUUACUUAUGAGUGAAGAAUUUAAGAAAUUAAAAAGUAUAAUGGACAAUAAAAAAAACAAAAAGUGUAAAACGAGAAGAUGGUGGAUGAUUUCACUCAAUAAAAGUCGAUUGAGGUAUGAUGGUUCAGAUAUGUUAGAAGAUCUACGAAGAGAACCUAGUGGAAAGUUUGAAAACUUUUGUCGAAUGUCUGCAACAGACUUUGAAUACCUCAUAAAUAAAGUAGGCCCAUUGAUAGUGAAGACUGAUACCACUAUGAGAAAAGCCAUACCAGUACAAGAAAGAUUAGCUGUAACAUUAAGAUUUUUGGCUACUGGAGACAGCUUUAAAAGUUUGUCUUUUCUGUUUAAGAUAUCAUCUCAAACCGUUUCAAGAUGUGUACAUGAGACUUGUAUUGCAUUGAUUGAAAUACUUAAAUAUGAAAUAAAGAUACCAACAAAUUGUGAAGAAUGGUCAAAAGUAUCUAAGGAGUAUGAUGAAAAAUGGAAUUUUCCACAGUGUGUAGGAUCAAUAGAUGGUAAACACAUAAUUAUUCAGUCACCUAUACACAGUGGAUCUGAAUUUAUCAACUACAAAGGAACUUUUAGUGUUGUACUUAUGGCUUUGGUUGAUGCUAACUAUUGUUUUUUAUAUGCAAAUAUUGGUUGUCAAGGAAGAAUUAGUGAUGGAGGGGUCUUUCGCAAUACUUCUUUAUUUAAGAAAAUUGAAGAAAAUGAUCUAAUGCUACCUCCUGAUCAACUGCUUCCUUCGAGUGAAAUACCUACUCCAUAUGUUUUCGUGGCAGAUGAUGCUUUUACCUUUAGUCCUCGUAUCAUGAAACCAUACUCAGGAACAUAUGAGAGAGGUCGUGCUGAAAGGGCUUUCAAUUAUCGACUUUCAAGAGCUAGACGAGUAGUAGAGAAUGUUUUUGGAAUUAUGUCUUCGGUAUUCAGAGUUCUAAGAAAACCCAUGCUGCUUGAACCCAAUAAAGUUUCAAAUAUAGCAUUGGCUUGUGCUUUACUUCAUAAUUUUUUAAGGAAAAGUAACACCUCUAAAAAAAUAUAUACUCCCCAAGGUACAUUUGACAUGGAAACUGCUGAAACAGAUAUUCCAGGAUCGUGGAGACAGGACCGAGGUGAUAUAACAUCAUUAUUACCAUUACGUAAUGUACCUAGGAGACCAGGGGCUGAGGCACAGCGGAUAAGAAAUGCAUUUGCUGAUUAUUUCACUACAGUUGGUAAAGUACCAUGGCAAGACAAGUAUUGCUAA